UCAGUACGUACAUCGCUUGCAUAAAAGGAAAUAUUUUAUACAAACAAUAACUGAUAAAUUAUAGUAUUUUUUAUCGGUGGUUGAAUUAAAUAAUGUCUUUCACAAAUUUAACCUCAUCAAAAAUUGUAGUUUUUAAGUUAUAAAAAUCAAGAAUGGACCGAUUAUUGAGAUUAGGAGGUGCUAUGCCAGGUCUCAGUCAAGGACCUCCACCUUCAGAUGCUCCAGUUGUUGACACUGCAGAACAGGUAUACAUAUCAUCAUUAGCACUUCUGAAGAUGCUUAAACAUGGACGUGCUGGUGUACCUAUGGAAGUAAUGGGUUUAAUGCUUGGAGAAUUUGUUGAUGAUUAUACUGUUCGUGUUAUUGAUGUAUUUGCUAUGCCUCAAACAGGAACAGGAGUUAGUGUAGAAGCAGUUGAUCCAGUAUUUCAAGCAAAAAUGUUAGAUAUGCUUAAACAAACUGGUCGGCCCGAAAUGGUGGUAGGAUGGUACCACUCCCAUCCAGGAUUUGGUUGUUGGCUUUCUGGUGUAGAUAUUAAUACGCAACAGUCAUUUGAGGCCCUUAGUGAAAGAGCAGUGGCUGUUGUUAUUGAUCCUAUACAAUCAGUGAAAGGCAAAGUUGUAAUUGAUGCAUUUAGAUUAAUUAAUCCGAACAUGAUGGUUUUGGGACAAGAACCACGUCAGACUACAUCCAACCUAGGUCAUUUACAAAAACCAUCUGUUCAAGCAUUAAUUCAUGGCUUAAAUCGUCAUUAUUAUAGCAUUAGUAUUAACUACCGUAAAAAUGAAUUAGAACAGAAAAUGCUAUUAAAUUUACAUAAGAAAACAUGGAUGGAUGGUCUUACACUCGCUGAAUAUUCAGAACACAGUAGACUUAAUGAAAAUAUUGUAUCUGAAAUGCUUGAACUUGCCAAGAAUUAUAACAAGGCACUGGAAGAUGAAGAAAAAAUGACACCUGAACAAUUAGCUAUAAAAAAUGUUGGCAAACAAGAUCCAAAACGGCAUUUGGAAGAAAAGGUGGACACCCUUAUGGCCACAAAUAUCGUUCAAUGUCUUGGAGCUAUGCUUGAUACAGUUGUAUUUAAAUAACUAUUUCUUAAAACAUAAUUUGCAAUAUAUUACUGAAAAAAUAUACUACAUCUUUUUAAAA